AUGGAAGAAAAUAUUGGGAGAGGUAGGCAUGGAAAGGCAAGCAAUGUAAAUGCUUCCGCUCGUAAAAAGUUUGAUGCAAUUCGCCCUGCCAAACGAGGUCGUAGUAAGCAAGGACCAACUCCGGCGCAACAAACACAUGAUGCUGAGGCGGGUGGUUCGCAUACAGGAUCACGGUCACGUUUAGGCCAAGCACCGAUGGCUGAUGCUGAAGAUGAUUUUGACGCGGAUCAAUUUCUAAAUCAAGAUGUCGAGUAUGGCGAACCUGAAACACCGCAACAGCCACCACAACAACCACCACAGGUGGUUCUGAUAUGGGAUGCAGCAGAAAAUGAUCACGAGGUUUUAAAGAGGAAUUUACGUUGCCAAGCUAGCAGGAAGAAGGUUAUAAAUAUCCACAAACUGCCUCGUAGUGAGAGGUGGUUUUGGGAUCCACUUGAAGCAUCGGGAUUGGAGCUGCUUACCCGUGUCAAUUUUAGCGUACUUGACUAUGAGGUUAUAUGGGCAUUUGUUGAAAUAUGGCAUCCAAAAACAAGUACAUUCCACCUUCUAUUAGGUGAGCUGGGCAUCACAUUGGACGAUCCCCAAUGUCUGUUACAUCUUCCAAUCCAAGGAAAGUUUCUGAACCAUACGAAGAUGUCAAGGGAAGAAGGGGCUGACAUGGUUAGUUCAUAUCUAGGAGUUGUCCGGGAAGAGAUUGACCUUACAUUCGCCGCCACCAACGAGGUACAUUUGAAGGAUAACUUCCUGCAAACUAUUUAUAAAGAAAAACAGACUUUUGCCGAAAAAGCGAUUGCUGAAAAUAAGCCGAUGCAUGUGGUUAAGCUCUACAGGGAGAGGAGCGUAAGGGCUUUUAUGCUACACUUGGUCUGUUGUACCAUAUUCAACAACAAGAGCAAUUAUUACGCGGAUGUUGUUUAUCUGCAGUAUUUUCAUGAUUUAUCAUGCGUUCAUGAAUGGAAUUGGGGUGCUGCUGCUCUUGUUCAUCUGCAACAUUAUCUGGACCACGGGUCUGCGGUGAGCACGACUCAGAUGGCUGGCUACAUGUCAUUUCCUCAGGGAUGGAUAAUUGCGCACUUUCCGAGACUUAGUGUGUGGGUGGACGCUCCUAAUUAUGCAGAGAACAUGCCACUAAAUGCAAAGGUUGUUCCUGGGCAAGGACAUAAGGAUGCAGUUGUAUAUAGAAGCAGUUUGGAUAACAUUCAAACUUACGAUUGUGUGUUCAGUCCGUAUGAUGCCCACCGACAAGUGCGAUCUUUGAUAAAUGCAUGUUGGUUUUCUGGAUGGUUAAGGUGUGGUAAAUUGAAAUGCAAGCAUUUGCCGGAAUGUGUGCUGAGGCAAUUUCAACAUGUGCAAUGCAUUCCAAUAUACCCGAAUACGUCUGCAACGUCGGGAAUGAACUUGUGUGAGAUAGAUUGUGUGUUUAUGGAAGAGUUGGAAUUGAGGAUAUUUGAUGAAGAGAUGAGGGGUCAGCCUGUUGCUAGCCUUCGGGACACUGAACCUGGAUAUAUGUCAUGGUUCUAUAGAGUGUCGCAUCCAAUAAUGCGAUCCGUACAAGCUCCUGGAUCACCACCAAGGCCACCUAAUUUAGAGGUGUUAAUAGAGGCGGCGGAAGCAAGAAUGACCCUAAUCUAA